AUGAACGGCGAAGAUCCGCCCGAGCGGCCUGACUAUAUCACCAACAUUAUCAACGGCCUAGAGCGCUACAACCCUGAGGCUGUCGGUUCCCUCGAGACCUAUCUUCAAGAGCAAUGCGAACAGAAGUUUUGCGACUCCAAUGCCAACCGAACCCUGCUCAAGCUAUACCAGCUCAACCCUGACCGAUUGAAGGAUGAAGUCGUCACCAACAUCCUCGUCAAGGCUAUGGCCCUAUUCCCCUCCGCGCAGUUCUCUCUCGCCCUCCACCUCAUCAACCCCUCUGCCGCUGCCACAGGCGAACUCCACGAGGCGUUGACCAAGCUGCGAACACUGAACUCGCAACUCGAGGGUUCUCAGUAUGCCCAAUUCUGGGCCUCUGUUGACGGUGACGACCUGUGCGCCGACCUGAUUGCCGAUAUUUCCGGCUUCGAGGACAUGGUCCGACACCGUAUCGCCCAACUCGUCUCCCAGGCUUUCCGUGAGCUGAAGCUCACUCACCUCGAGUCAUGGCUCGGACUGAAUGAGGACGCUACCCGCAAGUUUGUCACCGAUGUUUGCGGAUGGACCGUGGAUGGCGAGGGCAACAUCAAGGUUCCUUCUAACCCCGACAACGAGGCUAAGAAGGCUGAGAUUCGGGAGGAUGUCAAUGUGGAGCAGUUUGCAAGAGUCAUUCGACGAUCAUGGGAGGAGACUGUUUAA